GCGGCCAAGCGAGCGCCAUGUCGCCGCGCGCAUGCUGCCGGCCGCGCGCCCCGCCGACCCUACUCGACAUCACCGCCAAGAUAGUGGCCGCGAACAUUCCCUUUCAGCGGAUCGAGGAGCGCUACGAACGCAUCCCGGAACCGGUACAACGUCGUGUCGUGUACUGGUCGUUCCCGCGGGACGAGCGAGACAUCUGCAUGUACUCGUCGUUAGCACGGGCGCCUCCCGACGACCACCGCAACAUCGCCUUCUGCCGCGGCCUGAAGCUGCUCGAAGCCGGCUGCGUGGAGAACGUGCUGCAAGUCGGUUUCCAUCUAAGUGGGGUGGUACGGGCACCGGCGGCAGUUCCUCCCUGCUCAGAACCGGAACGGCUGUUCAGGGUCACAGUUUCUUUUGACAGGUGUAAGAUAACCGGUGUGACAUGCAGCUGCGAGGCGCGAGAUAUCUUUUGGUGCCAACAUGUGGUCGCAUUGGCCUUGUACCGGAUCAGGAACGCAGACUCCGUUCGGUUACGAGUGCCUAUAUCAGAAACUCUCCUGCAAAUGGACAGACAGCAACUUCAGAAGUUCGUCCAGUAUUUAAUAUCGGAGCAUCACACCGAAGUGUUGCCGACGGCGCAGAGGUUAGCCGACGAAGUUCUGCAGGCGAGGUCUGCCAUCAACAGGAUAUGUGGCGCGCCGGACCCGACGGCCGGACCGCCGCCCGACGCGCACCAUGCCUGGCAUUUGGAUGAGCAGCAGGUCUGCGAACAAGUACGCGCGUAUUUGUUACAGGGAACUUAUUAUAAUGCAAACAAACAAUUGAACUCUUUAUUUUCAAAGGUUCGGGAGAUGCUCCGCGCGCAAGACUCGAACGGUCCCAGGAUGCUCAUGCUCAUGACGGAGCAGUUUCUAUCUGACCCCCGGCUCCUGCUAUGGAGGAAUCAGAACACGCCCAUGACAGAGAAAUGCAGGCAGCUGUGGGAGCAGUUAGGAGCUCUGUGGGUCAGCAUAGUCUUAGAUCCUGGAAGUAAUAAGCACCAUCGGCUGCAGUGGAGGCAUCUGCUGGAGAAGUGGUCGGCAGUUGAAGUAUGUCCCACCGAGGAUCCAGACUAUAGGUCUUUUCCUUUAUACGCAAGAGAAAGAGAAAGAAAUGAGAGGGAUCGCGACAGAGACCACAGAGACAGAGAUAGAGAACGACAUCGCGAUAGAGAAGAGAGGGACAGAGAAAGACUGCGUGAAAGAGAAGAGCGAGACAGAGAAAGGCAUAGAGAGAGACUGAGAAGAGAUAUACAUUCCCAUUCCGAGAGUUCCGAUGAAGAGUCGAGACCUAAUAACUACGAACGUGAAUACAGAAGAGCUAGCAAGAGAUUAAGACUACACAACCAGAGAACUGCGACCCACCUCGCGCCAAGAACUGUGUUCCACAAGGCGUUGGACGCGGUCGACAUAUCCUGGGAGAACGAUCACCUGAAGAACAUCCUCGGCGGUGACGAAUACUCGGACCCGGACAAGCCGGAAAAGCCGAGCGGCUCCAGUGCCACCACGCUGCAACCUUACCCCAAGUUCAAUGAACUCGGACAGCCCUUGUGGCACGAGCAUUUGCCGGUCGUAGGGGCGAGGAUAGAGGCUCUGAGGGCGCACGGCCGAGCCCCGGCCGCUCUGAGGCUGGCCGUCAGCGCCGCCCGCGCCAUGAGACACCGACAGGAAGUAGCCCAACAGCGAUGGCAGAGCGUGGGGGCCGGCGAGGCCUCGUCAAGUGGGGACAGCAAGGCUUGCUCCGGCCCGGAGACCUGCUCGGGGAACUGCGGGGAGCGCGUCAAGCUGUCGCUGGUGUGCGCGCACAUGGACAGCGGCGCCUGCCAGUCCGGCGGGGCCACCUGCGCCCUGUCGCACACGCAGCGCUGCAUCGGCAGAGACAGCCGAUGCUGGACUGGCUGGACGCUGGAGGCGAUCUGGUGCGUGUACGAGUGCCUGGCGGACGCGUGCCUAGCGCCAGAUGACCAGCGCGCCUCCCCGCGCCUGCACACCGCCUACCUGGACGAGGAGCCCAACACCGGCCUGCCGCCGAGAUACCAGCACGUACCGGUUGCCGGUAGUAAGAACCCUGAAGAGACGUAUCUGGCGCUGGCGUUAGAGGCCGCACUGCUGGGCCUCGGCAUGCAGAGGAUGCUGCCGAGCGGCCUCUACGCUCAAGAAAGGUAUUGUAAGCAGGAGGAGCGUUUGAUCUCCCAGCUGCAGCGGGUGGAGGGCGAGGCUGCGGCGGGGGUGUGCGGGCGGGCGGCGGGGGCGCUGCUGGCGGGGGGCCCGGCCUCGUGUCUGGGCGCCACCGUGCACCCCCGCUCGGCUCCAGCACAUACCUUCGCGCGGUAUCUAUUCCUCACCCUGCUACCAGCUGAUCCUGAUCUUGCGUAUCGGGUCGGCUUAAGGGCUAUGAGGUUACCAAUGGUCGAAGAGGCGUACGCGCUAGACGCGGGAGGCGCGGGGGGCAGCGCCGCCAGCGUGGGGGGCGGGGGGGCGUGGCACACGCUGCAACACGCGGAGCAACAGCAGGCGGCGCUGGCGAGCGCGCUGCUGGGGGCGGCCCGUGGCUCCCCCGCCCGGCUGCGCGCGGCCCUGGCGGCGGCACAGCGGCACGUGAGGUCGGCGGCGCAACUGUUCCGGCUGGCCCAAGACGCGCUGAGGCACGCUGCUCCGCCCGACGCCCCACACCACCACCGAGACUUGUUGGCGGCUGCCUUCGAACUUGGACUUCAGGUGUUGAGGAUGACCUUGGCAUCAGUGAACUGGAGGAGGAGGGAGAUGGUGCGCUGGCUGGUCACGUGCGCCACGGAGCUCGGCCUGGACGCCCUGCUCUCCAUCAUGCAGAACUGGUACGAACUGUUCACGCCCACUGAGGCGACGGGUCCGGUGGCCGCGGCGGCCAUGUCCCACGCCACCGCCCUCCGACUGGGGCUCACGUUCGAGCAGCAGGAGAAGUUGAGUGCGUGCGCGCGGACGUUAGCCCUGCAGUGCGCCGCCAAGGACCCGCCGGGGUGCGCCCUCAGCGCCCUCUCGGUGUGCGAGGGGUCCGCGGGGGCCUUUGAGGCUGCGUGUGCGGCCGUGGGGGGCGCCGCGGCUCGAGGAGCGCUGGCCUCCAGCCAACUGUUCGCAGUGGCCCGGUACAUGGAGCAGAGGGGACAGCCGGCUAGAGCCAUGCGACUCGCGACGCUAGCGAUGAGGAACCUCCACUUACAUUACAACCAGGACAGCCACCCGGCCAUAGCGGACAUCCACUGGGCGGUGGCGCUGGCGCACUCGCUGGGUCGCGCCGAGCUGCAGGCCAUGCUACCACUGCUGGUCAAGAACGUGCAGUGCGCGCCCGUGCUGUCGGACGUGUUGCGGCGGUGUUGCGUGGCGGCGGCGGGCUGCUCGCGGUCCCGGCCUCCACCCCCGCGGCCCCCUACCCCGCUGCGGCCCCUGCUGGAGGCGGCGCUGCGGGCCUACGCGUCCACCACGCACGCGAGGCUCGCGCAUAUAUCGCCCCGACACUACGCCGACUUUGUUGACUUCUUGGGCAAAGCCCGCGACACGUUUGCUUUGGCGCACGACGGACCACAUCAGUUCGCCGCGCUGCUGCAAGAAAUCAAACUUAAAUACAAAGGGAAGAAGAAACUGAUGUUCCUCGUCAAAGAGAGGUUCGGAUGAUGAGUAAACAUAGUACUGAACCACAAUUUUUUUUGGGUCGUUAAGAUAAUAUGUGCAAUCUAAACCCCGUUAUUAUUAAUGAAUCAAUGGGAAUAAAUGAGGCCGUUAGCGCAAAAGUGGCCAAACCCACAAUUUUUUAUAUUUAAGUAUAUUGGAAUAUGUAAACCGACCUUUCCAUAGUUUCAGCCAUAGAUAACAGAUGGCUUUGUAAACAUUAUUUUUGCGCGUAUUCUUUUUUUGUCUACACAAAUUAUAAAUUUCAUGAAAACUUAAACCUCAUUGCUCCAUACUAACUAUGGUAAGAUUAGGCCACUUUUGCGCUGACGGCCUCAAAUAAUCAGUAGGAAAUCUUGUAAUUUGCGGCAAACAGAUUUAAUUUAAACACAAAAGACACUUAACUGUUAUAAAGUUAACACAAAAAUUUCGUUGGUCUUUGAGAGUUUUUUUUUGUUUUUUCUUAGUGAACUGUACAAAUAUGUUGUUCGUUUGAUAAUAAUGAUAAACAAACGAUAUGUAGUUUUUGUUAUUGUUCUAAUUCGGUUUUGUUUUAUUUGCUGCUAUUUUGCUCUGUUACAUUCUUAGUCUAAAAUCAUGCACAUACAGAACUGAUUUGACAUGCUGGAAUUGAAUACUGAAUAGUAAUCAUGUCUUUGUUAAAUACACUGUAACACAGAAAAUUUCGAUUUAAUCCACUGACGUUGACAGCUCGAAAUGUCACUGUCAAAAAAUGUGAAUAAUGGAAUUUUGUUGUCGUCAAGUGUCUACGGUAUACCGCUUUAGUUGAUCCUCUCAUUAGAAAAUAUUUCGAAGUUAAACGAAUAAAUAAAAAAGCGAAAGUAUUCCGUAACAAAGUGAACUUCGUUACGUCAUUUCUAUACUUGUAAUUAAUGUGUAAUGAUCUCAAGGAUUCCAUUGUGUAUAUAGAUGAUAAGCUGUAAAUAUAGUAAAUAGUAUUUAUACAUAAGUCGCCUUAUAGUGUGUUUCCAAGACCGACUUCGGGCCGAACCGGACGUGUUUGCUUACAGAGUGACAUUGCCAAACGUCAUACGUCAUUUUGUAAAUAAUAACGGCGGAGUUCUAUGCCCGGAUUAAGGUAUUUCGGGAAAGUUCCAUUCGUUUUUUUUUUGUGCUAACUCAAACGUUGGCACAGAAAAUAAUCUCGUUAAAAUAGCGUCCAAUAGCAGCGGAAGGAACGUUUAAUAAACAUAACACCAAAGAAAAUAUUUUAUCUAAGUCCUACAGCGGGAUAGCAACGCCAUUCUUUUCAGUAUUCAUGAGUAUAAUGUAACUUAAAUCUAAUUAUUUAUAUGCCUUUUUUUAAUUGGUUAUUGAGUUAUCGGGCAAUUGUUAAGCUCGUUUCGCUUGUAUUUAUAUGGAAAAAUGAAAGUGAACUGUAAAUUGACGUUCCAAAUAAUUGUAAUGGAAAAAUUGCACUGCAUACGAAAAGUAGGGAUUGCGCGGCCCACACUAACCUACACCUAUACCGAUCCUCCUGAAAUUUUCGAUAAAAUCUUUACAAUCGUCAGAUUUUAAUUAUGUAUCAAAAACCUUCUUCCUUCCACUAAUCGAACACUAGCUGUGAACUUCAAAAUUUCCUUCCUUGCAUCGCGUUCCUUGAUGCUGAGGG